AUGUCCGAAAUAGACCCCUUGGUCCUCGCCUACUCCCACCUCCACCACCUUCCCCAGCCCUCCUCCGCCCUCCACCUCCUCAAAAAGAUCGCCUCCCUCGUGAAACCGCUUAUGCGCGCCCGCGGCUGGCGCGUCCGCGAGCUGGGCGAGUUCUACCCGGAGCAAGACAACCUCCUGGGACUGAACAUCAACCGCGGCGCCAAGAUCCUUCUCCGUCUUCGCUACCCCUCCGACAAGUCCCUAUUCCUGCCCAUCGAGCAGGUCGCAGACACGAUGCUGCACGAGCUAGCACAUAUCGUUCACGGCCCGCACGACGGCAAGUUCCAUGCGCUGUGGAAUCAGCUGAGGGAUGAACAUGAGGGUUUGGCGAUGAAGGGCUAUACAGGGGAGGGGUUCUUAUCAGAGGGACGACGGCUGGGGGGUGCUUCUUCUAACAGAGGACAGAUUCCGAUGCAUGAAGCAAGACGGUUGGCGAGGGAGCAGGCCGAAAAGAGAAAGGUGCAAACAACACCAAGUGCCGGGUCGGGACAGAGGCUGGGAGGUACGAGGCCUAGGCCGGGUGAGGAUAUAAGGAGGGUGAUUGUUGAUGCGGUGGAGAGGAGGAACAAGACUUUAAAGGGCUGUGGAGUGAAGGAUACGGGCGACGAAGGGCUGGCUGAGCAGGAAAUUCGCAGGAUUGAGGAGCAGGCGACUAGGAAUGGCUUUCGCUCCAAGGCAGAGGAGGAUGAGGCGAACGAGGCGGCGAUUGCGCAGGCGCUGUGGGAACUGGUGCAGGAGGAUGAGAAGAAGAAGUUUGGAAGUGGUUAUGUGGAGCCGAGUAGGGAGUUUCCGGCAGGGAGUCAGGGGGGUUUCCUACAGAAUAAAGAGAAGGGCGGGGGGUUGGCAACGUCGUCUUCGUCUGCAAAACCACCGCCGAUCCCUUACCAUACUAAACCAACAACUAGGCCUACUGUCUCUUCUUCUUCUCCUCCAGCACCCCUCCCAGCAGAACCAUUCAACGAACCAUCGACAGGCUGGGUCUGCAAUAUCUGCACCCUCCACAACCCCGACACAUUCCUCUGUUGCGACGCCUGCGGUACCGAACGCCCACCUCAAGCUUCCACCACCGCUGCCCCUGAUCCCAGAAAGCAGACCCCAGGCACCAAAUCCAAUUCUAGUUCUAGAUCCGCUGGAAAGCGUCCAAGCAGCUCGGUGGUCGACCUGACCAAAUCCCCGCCCUGCAUUCGUACACGGCCGUCAUUAAGCUCUCAUGGGUCUAGGUCACAUUCAAACUCCCGAACGGUUUCAGGAUCAGGACCGAGCAAAGACAAAGACAAAGCAAAAUCCAUCCUCCAAGCUCAAGCCGAAGCCGAAGCCGCUCGCCGUAAAUUGCUCCACGAGACGUGGCAGUGCUCGUUUUGCGGACAGAGGAUGGAGAAGCAGUGGUGGACUUGCUCUACGUGCGGGAAGAUGAAGGAUAGUUCCAAAUGA